UGGAGGGGCGUGAAUUCUCGUUCCUUUGGCAGACGCAGGUAAACACGGCGCCCAGCGUGUCCGUGCGCUCGUGGUUAGUGUGGCACCCUCGCUCUCCCCGCGCUCAAGUGGAGAGCACCGCCAGUCGGCACUUGUGUGAGUGAGCCUCUGUGUGCGUGUGCUUGGAGGAGGCCAGGCUGCCUCUAGCCGAUCUCCGCCUCUCUCCCGGCAUAAAUUCGCCCGUUAGUCUGUCUGUGUUGACAAGGACCGCUUUCGGUUGCACGGUUGACAAGUGUUCUCGGAGAGAAGGAGCAAGAGCCACGUCUGCAACGUUUGCACGUGAACGUUCAGUGCUCACGGGGAACUGCUUGAAACGUCUCGCAGCUCAAAUCAAUCCCUUGUCCUCACGCUCCUUGCAGGCGGGUCAGGCCUCCUCCAGUCCCUCGCCCUAUCGACAUCGAGCGCUCCACCAGCCAUGAACUCAGGGUCGGUCUCGCCAAGCAUCCUGGAGAAGGCAGGGCUCGCUCGCUCCCUCGUGUUUCUAGGUCAGAAGAGGUCACCCUCUUAUGUAACCGAGACCACGAAACUGCCCUCUGAUUUGGCCGACGGAGAGGUUUUGGUUCGCGUGGAGCUGGCCACUAUCUGCGGCUCCGACCUGCACACGCUCAAGGGCCUACGGAAGCCGCCCUACCCAUGCGUCCUGGGUCACGAGGGCUGCGGCGAGGUGGUGGCGUCGCAGAGACAAGAGGUGAAGGUGGGCGAGCGAGUGACGUGGGGCGUGUGUGCAUCUUGCAACAGGUGCUCUCUCUGUUCGCUCGGCCUGCAGAAUAAGUGCGUCUCUUUGUUGAAGUGCGGCCAGACCCUCAUUUCCUCCGCGACACUCUUCGGCACCUACACCACCCACGUCCUCUGUCGGCCAGGCACGCCCAUCGUCCCUCUCCCGCCCGUUCUCACGCCCAAACUAGCCGCCCCUAUUAACUGCGCCUUGGCCACGAUGGUCCACGCCCUCAGUAAGGUGCCGCCCACGCCCAAAGCGGGCCAACUCGGUGCCCAAGUGGCAAUGAUUCAGGGUGCAGGUAUGCUUGGUAUGUAUGGUGCAGCGUUACUAAAGGAAGCAGGUUAUACUAAGGUCUUCUGUGUAGACAUAAAUCGGUCAAGACUCAGCCGAGUUGUAGAUUUCGGAGGCAUUCCUGUCCAUCCCGACCACGAGGAGGAACUAGUGGAAUCCGACAGCGUUGAUGUCGUCAUAGAAGUGUGCGGACACAAAAAUGUCAUACCUCAGGGAAUAAGGGCACUACGGACAGGAGGAACGUACGUGUUAGCGGGCCUCGUGCAUCCGGACUCCAACAUGGACGUCACAGCUUAUUCCAUUAUCCAAAAGUGUCUUACGAUUGUUGGCGUGCACAACUACACAGGUCAUCAUCUCAAAGACGCGGUGGCCUUCCUGACCCGCAACCAUGACCGCUACCCGUUCAGUGCUCUCAUCGGACCCACGUACCCUCUGUCUGAAUUCCGGGUAAGCUGUGGUGUUAUUAUUUAUCCUCUCUUGUUAACAUUGUCUGUUUCCAUGUUGUUUGCUUUUUAGUUGUUUGUUUGGGUU